AUGAUUCAUUCGGAUCGACAUGAGAGUCCAACUACAUUGCCAGAAUCACGGCUCGGCUUGUUCUUCGAGCCUUACUUCUCCCUUCCCCCUCUCCCCGUUCCUCGUCUUUCACGCACCGAACAAUGUGUGUCUUCUCCCCUUUUGGAUCAAAUCAUAGUGACAACCAACUUAGCUGCUCGACGAUAUGUUUAUAACUGUAUUUCAAAGAAGUGGAGUGCAAAUAGGUUGGACAUAUGGAAAGUGUUCAGUGAUCCACUUAAAAGCAAAACUCAGAUUAUGGAUAAUGUUCCACCUGGAAUUCCAAGAGAUCAGUGGACUUCUUAUGUUAAUUAUCGUUAUAAAAAAGAAACACAGGAAAUGUGCAACAGAAAUGCUGAAAGUCGAAAGAAACAAAUCAUUCCACACACAGGUGGAUCCAAAGCUAACUCUAGAAGAAGGGCUGAAAUGAUGGCUGAGACCGGUCAAAUGCCUGGGCGAGCAGAACUUUAUCUUGCUACUCAUAAAAAUGUAGAUGGAGCAUAUGUAAAUGAAGCGGCAAAAGUUAUCUGUGAAAAAAUUCAGCAAACUCUGAGUCAAAGCACUGUGGAUGAGUCUAUAAUAUCGCCAGAUGAUGCAGUUGGAAAAAUUCUAGGAAAAGAGCACUCUGGAAGGGUAAGGUGUUUGGGAUUAGGAGUUGUUCCCACUAGAGUUUUUAAACAAGCAAGACCUCGAUUCAGCGGUAUGAAUGCUUCGAGUGUUUCAUGUCCAUCCAAUUGCCAGGAGAACUACAAUAAAUUGUUGAAUUCUCACAUUCAAAUGAUGGCUGCUUUCAAGUCAUAUAUGAUAAUGAAAGAAGGGGCAUUACCAGAACAAUUUGUGGGGUUAUUUGCUCCUACUACUACAAUGCCAGGUGAUGUUAGUGAUAGUAAUCGUAGUGAACCCCGCUGAAGUUUCAUGAACAAUUGUAGAUCCUUUCUUGAGUUUGGAUGCUAGUGAUCUAAAGUUUAAGC